AUGAAGGCCGAACACCAGGACAAUAGCUCCUCGGCUUCUGCCGAUCCCGGCGGGCCUGUGCAGGGUGUCGAGGAUCUUGGAGAGCCCCCGGAGCACUCCAAGAGCACGACUAAUGGUGGCGAUAAUACGCCCGCGGAGAAUGGCCAGAAGUCCACCAACGCGAAAGACCCGUCGCGUCCGCGACGGAAGAAGGCCCGACGGGCUUGCUUUGCUUGCCAGCGGGCGCAUCUGACUUGCGGCGAUGAGAGACCAUGUCAGCGAUGUAUCAAACGAGGCCUUCAGGACGCCUGCCAUGACGGCGUUCGCAAGAAGGCCAAGUAUUUGCACGACGCGCCCGACGGAGCCUUGAUGCCUGGAAUCAGCGGUAACUUUUACGGUAAUACGAUGCGCAACAGCCUUCCCUUGUCGAGAAACGGCGCCAAUGCCGUCAGUGCGAACACGCCGCAGAAUUCGGCCCCAAGCUUCUAUCCCACGCCCCAAUCCAGUUCAUAUAACGUCUACCAAGAGAACACCCUUAAUCAAAACUCCUUCACCUCGCAAUCUCCCAUGUCUCCGACUUUCAAUCUGAAGACUACGCCGACUGCCCGAAACAAUAGUUUGUCGUCUUCCGGGGGUCAGCAUCCGCCCAGCGCAACCGUUUCGGGGGCGGCCACCCAGAACCAGAAUCCGCUUGGAGGCCCGUUCUUCGAUCCCAGCGACCCGGCUCUGUUCAACUUUGACCUGUCAAGCAUGAAUUUCGAAAAUCGGUACGGUGCGCUGGAAUUUGGGAUGCUGGGACAUAUGGCGACGGGUGCCGGGGACUCGCCCAGCGACUCCGCCACGCAGCGAGGGUCAAUGGGACGCAGCGGAUCGGCCCAAUUCUCGAAUACGCCAAUCACCGGUACGGCCGCUUUCGGAGACAGCCCCGGGGGCCAGCAGCCGUUCAUGUUUGGCGAUCCCCUGCUCAACGAGUGGUCCAAUGGCCAGUCCUCAGGCCAGCCGCACAUGAAUGUGGGCGGCGGCGUUUACCCGCAUUCCGCCCAGGGAAGCGUGAUCCCGGGGCAUCUAUCCAAGGCCGACGCGCCCCAUGCGUUCGCCAUCGAAAGCGGUCCCCCAGCGAGUUUCGCCAGCCCUGGCGCGACGAGCAGUCCGCAUAUGGCGGGCGGCUUCGACGAGGCGACGUUUAACGCCGCCGUUGCGAACAAUUCCAACGGUCUUGUUCCGAACGGCCAGCGUCCGACGAUCACGACGCCGAGUCUGAAGCACCAGAGCCUCCAGGUGGGCACCAAACGACGUCAGCGCAACCCGUCGUCCAUCUACGAGAACGUCAAGGAGCCGUACGCCUACACGAAUCGCUUCCACAACCUGACUGCCUUCAUCCAACGGCGCUUCUCCCCACAGAAAACCUUGCAGAUCGCCAAAGCGCUAGCUUCGAUCCGACCCUCCUUUAUUGCUACGACGAAAACCUUGAACCGCGACGAUCUGAUCUUCAUGGAGAAGUGCUUUCAGCGCACGCUCUUUGAGUACGAGGAUUUCAUCAAUGCAUGUGGGACCCCGACGAUCGUUUGCCGUCGGACUGGGGAGAUUGCGGCGGUCGGUAAGGAAUUCAGCAUCUUGACGGGAUGGAAGAAGGAUGUGCUGCUGGGCAAGGAGCCGAACCUGAACGUCAACACCGGCGGCACCGUCCCGGGAUCGGGGGCGUCCUCCCGCAGCUAUACGCCGCGCAGCUCCGCCGGCGAGGCCACGGCCCCGGGUCGGCCCCAUCCGGUGUUUUUGGCGGAGUUGCUGGACGACGAUAGCGUGGUCGAGUUCUACGAAGAUUUCGCGCGGCUUGCCUUUGGAGACUCGCGCGGUAGCGUGAUGACCACGUGUAAGCUGUUGAAAUACAAGACGAAGGAAGACAUGGAACUGGCGCAGUCGGAUGACCACCAGCGAUGGAACAAUCACCUGCGCAAGGGCGGCAUUGCCAGCGAAGCGGGAAUGAACCAGCUGGGGUUCAAAGACGGCAAAGUCGAAUGCGCAUACUGCUGGACAGUCAAGCGUGACGUGUUUGACAUUCCCAUGCUUAUUGUGAUGAAUGUAAGUGCUGCUGCUGCUGCUGCGCUGCGAGAGAGAAAGCAAAAUGUGUCCAUGAAUGACGCUGACCGCUCUAGUUUCUACCAUGUAUUUGAUUUGUUUUAUUUAUGGAUCACGCAGGGAUAUACGUCUCUUACGCUUUAA